CCUUGCUGCAGCUACGACGCAGUCUCCGCGCGGCGACGCGGCCGGCGUUCGCACCGACGCGCCGCUGGAUCAACUAUGGCCACGACAUGCACAAGGAAAUGCUCAACGGUACGGCCAAGGUCUCCAUCACCGAGUACGACGAAGGAGGCUUUGUCAUUAACGACGUGAACAUGCGCGGAGGAGUGGCGUUGUUCUCCGAGAUCGCCAUGUUGUGGAAGCCGAAGCGGGUUGAGGAGAUCACGCGCGAGCAUCUCACCGUGUUCACGAUCGCCAACCCACCUAUCGAGAUUUUGGUGCUUGGUUGCGGUGAACGUAUCAACCACGGACUGGCCCCGGAGCUCAAGGAGAUGCUCAAGGUGAACGGCAUUGUGGUGGAGUACCUGGACACUGUCAACGCUUGUGCCACCUUCAACAUCCUGAAUGCUGAGGACCGCCGAGUGGCUGCCGCACUGCUGCCGUACGAUCCUAAUGCCGCCCCCGAGGUGCACGAGACUACGGAAUAAACACAGUAGAACACCUAGCAGGAGAGAUAAAAGUCACGGACCUCGACUCGAGGUUUCUUUCAAGAUGCAAUGACACUACGUACUCCG